CCAACAUUGCCGUGGGCACGGCUGGACAUAACGGCGAGUUUCCUCCCUGCCAACUCCAGAUCUACGAAGAUAGUUAGCCACCUAUAAUGUCGGCGUCUAUCGAUUCCCUCGAAGCGCUUAACUCCGUUAUCGGCAAUGCGCUUGUUCUUGUCAGUCAACUCGACACCGUAGUGUCCAACAUUGCGACGCAGAAGCAAACCAACCACGAAAACAAACCCGAGCCCGCGGACGAGCAGCUUGCUGCGGCAACUGGCCCUCUCGAUGCAUUAUCUCUCGCACACGAUUCAACCGCGUUAAUUAAGGCUCACUCCACCAAGAUCUCUCUCCUCAUAAUCAACGAGCCGUUCACCCCAACAGCGAUUGCAAAGGUCCUUCGAGAGCUUGCCGAUGGCCCCGUGCCCAGCUUGGCCGCUGCAGUCGAAGUGUGCACACCGGAACGGUACACGCGCACCAUACAGCAGGACCUAGCUUGGCGAGCCGGUCGGGUACUCAAGGAGGUGAAGCAGCUUUUGUCGCGGAUUCCAAAAGACGGCAAGGUUCUUUCCGACGCUAAGAAAAAUGCUUCGGCCGGGGCGGCAGGGGGCAGAGGCAGCAUUGCCACGACGGGCGUGCUGUGGUCCGCUUGUGAUGACGUUAUGGCCUUCGCUAAGCGCGGAUUCGCUGGGGCCCUAGCAUACAAGGUUGAGCAGCUUCGGGACACGCUCAAAGAUGUGAUGGAGGAGCUAAAAGAGUGGGGAGAGGAGACGGACGAUGGCGACGACGACGAAGACGAGGACAGCGAGGAUGAGGAAGGCGAUCCGGUUUCCGAGGCCACUGCACAGCUUGAGUCCACCUCGAUAUCUGGGACGCGAGAUGCGCAAGACAUUCUAGACGACCUGAUGAACUGCCAGCGGCACAUCCCACGCGACGACCCAGAGAAAAUUCGGGAGCGUCUAGACUCAUGCCUCAAGCGGCUGCGCCUAACCACCCUGCUUUACCAAGCUACGGUGAAGCGCAGACUCAAGCCAUUGCCACACCUGCCCCCGGAUCUGCGUUCGGAAACCCAGGGUCGACUAGACGAGAUUAUGUUUGUUCUCAGAAGGAUCCCCGAGAGAUUCGGCAGCCUCGCUCUGGCAUUUUACGAACUGGACCGUUCUGAGAUUGACCGGUUGAUGGACGACUGUUUCUUUGACGCAUUUGCUGCCUCGGAGCUACUAGUCAAACCGUGGGAAGGCGAGAAGGACGAGUUCACUGACUGGGCGUUGCGCUUUCAAGUAGAGAUAAAGAAAGGUUAAAGUAGGGGUUUGUUGCGGCUCCAACCCCUCGUUCCCAUGUGAUGACCCCCGAUCGCGCAGCGUACGAACUGGCCCUGUAACCUAGCCCAUGGCAGAGAGUGCGGACCCCGCGGGGCAAAUGCAUUGAUGGUUGUGUUUGUGGAUAAGUAUUUAGUAGGUGCAAGUUGGGUCUAGCUCCUAUACUACGAGGUUGUAAAUCACCAUUCGCCUUUGCGGUUUGGCUCAACUCGUGAUAGGAACAUUCGGCAAUAAGUGCUAUCGAAUAGGUAGACGCUCGCUUCCCGGCUUCCGUUAUGCCCGCCUGUUGGGGCAGCAGAAAUCGUGUGUUUUGUUCGAAGUCACUCCGCCGAACCGCCUACCCAAUGCGACCCUCG